AUGGCAUUCAGAAGUAUUAACCCAAAAAACAAUAAGUUGUUUAUGAGUUAUGAGGCUAUAACUAAUUAGCAGAUGUUUGAACAUCUUGAAAAGUCUUAUAAAAGCUAUAAGUAUAUGAGAAAUUAAGGAAGAGAAGGUUUCGAUGAGCGAUUCUCAAAGUUUUAAAAGCUGAUAUCUUUAAUGAAGGAUAGAAAAGAAAAGAUUGCUCUAGGGAUCACUAAUGAUAUGGGCAAGCCAUUGAAGGAGAGUAUUGCAGAAGUUGAAAAAUCAAUGGGAUUAGUAGAGUACUAUAUAAAAAAUACUAGAGAUUUAGCUGCUGACGAGAUUCUUCAGACAAGAUUCCCAGAAACUACAGUAAGAAAUUAACCUUUGGGACCAACUUUGAGGAAUCCUAUUCUACUUAAACACUCAGAUUAAGUUCCAUAAAGUGCUAAUAACUUGGAUUUGCUAUUUAGAGAUUCGUAAACAUUUUCACUUAUAAUUGUAUUUAGUGGGUUUGACAAUGGAGAAUUUACAAAUCUUUUCAUUGAUCAUAAUUAAGCUGCUGAUUUGAUUGCUGAUCCAAGAUUAACUAGUGUAAAGUUUGUUGGAAGCACUUAGGGAGGGAAAAAAGUUGCUGAACUCUGUGGAAGACAUAUGAAAAAGUCAGUAUUCGAACUAGGGGGUUCAGAUGCUUUUAUUGUAUUAGAAGAUGCUGAUUUAGACUUAGCAGUUUAGAAAGCAAUUAUUGCAAGAUUGCAUACAAGUGGCCAAGCUUGUAAUAAUGCAAAAAGAUUUAUGAUUCAUGCUUAAGUUUAUGAUGAAUUUGUUCAAAAACUCAAAGCUGGUCUUGACAAACAUAUCAAGAUUGGUGAUCCAUUAGAUAUGACAACAACUAUUGGCCCUUUAAGCUCAUAAAGAGCAAAAGAAGGACUCACAAAUCAGAUUUAAAAGUCACUAUAAAAUGGUGCUAAGAUUAUUUAUGGAAAUCUAGAGUAUGAGCAUCCAAAUGAGGAGUUAAAAAAUGGUAAUUACUUUCAUCCCUUAGUUUUGGAAAACAUCACAAAAGACUAACCUGCAUAUUGCGAAGAAUUGUUUGGGCCUGUAUUUUCACUCUUUAAGAUUAAAAGUGAUCAUGAUGCUAUAGAUCUUGCCAAUGAUUCAAUCUAUGGACUAAGUGCAAGUGUUUUCACUUAAAAUAUCUAAAGAGGAAGAUAAGCAGCAUCGUUUUUGGAAGUAGGAAAUGUUUUCAUUAAUGAGGCUGUUUCCAGUGAUGCAGCUAUUCCAGGAGGUGGUGUAAAAGAAAGUGGAUUUGGGAGAGAAUGCUACAAAGAUGGGCUAUUUGAAACAGUUAACAGAAAGGCUGUAAUUGUAGGAAAACUUUGA